AUGGCUGGAACUUCAGAUACGAACAAUAAGUCCGGAAAUGGAGUGCGCGUCCAAGCUUCAGUCAGUCAUCAGAUGCAGCAGUGGCUAUCAGAGUCUGAUAAAGAGGCUCCUUGGACGCCCCUUGGCCUCACUAAUCCCUCAGCUGGGCAUGUCGCUGCCAAUACUGUGACCGGAGGUAAUCCGGAAAUUUUGCUGGAUAAUUCUACUAUCCAAACUCAUAAUGGUGGUAACAACGCCUAA